AUGUCAGCAAGGAAAGAAAAGCUUCGCGCAUGUCUCCGUUGUCAAUUCGUCCAAUCGCCCAGAGACUUUCACUUGAAAGGUUGCCCGAAUUGCGAACCGGUGCUCGAGAUGCAAGGAAGUCAAGACAGAGUAGCGGAAUGUACGACGUCCAACUUUGACGGAAUGAUCUCCAUGUUGCGACCUGAGCAGAGUUGGGUUGCCAAGUGGCAACGGAUUGAAAAGCGGCUCCCAGGAUUGUACGCAGUCAAAGUGAUCGGUCGACUGCCAGAAGGCAUCGAAUCCUAG